AUGUGUGAAGUGCUAGCAGAUCAGCUCGCAUUGGUGAAAGGUCGUUACAGUCGGCCUAUUGAACGCUUGCUAUCUUGUGUUGAUAUGUUUGAACAUCUGUACCAAGCCUUGGCAAAACUAAUUGAAACAGCAAUCGCCAUGAACUUCGACCGAUCGGAUUAUAAGAGAGAGCAAUGGAUGUGCUUGGGAUUCAUUACGUUUCUCAUGCUUUAUUACACUGCCCUACUUACCAUUUCGUUUUAUGCGGGAGUUCGAACGGAAACGUGCGUUAAGCCUGCAGGCGAAGGACGUGAGUUCGUUUGCUACAUUCAAAAAUGA